GCGAUGUAACAGCUGCCAUAGGCAUGAAGGAAGUCUCUUCAUCUCACCUCCGGCCUAAGCUAGUCUCUAGUUAGUAUUCAGGCACACCUACCUCAGAAGAAUUUGAGAUGGAUCUUGCAAUAUCCGCCGUUACAGGUGACCUCGCCAGCCGAUUCAUCUCUUUCCUCAUGAACAAAUAUGCGGAUCAUCUGUACUCGGAGCAGAAGGUGGAGAGGCUACAGCAACUCUUGUUGAGAGUUCACACGGUCGUCGAGGAGGCAGAUGGACGGCACAUCACCAACUCUUGUAUGCUCAUGCAGUUGAAGCAGCUAUCGGCAGCCAUGUAUCAAGGGUACCAUGUCUUGGACAGCAUCAGGUACCGGCAACAAAAGGAGGCAUCCAAGGACUUGGUGAGCGAUUCAUUUACCUCGUCUGAUUAUAUCAUUCCAUUCAAACGUGCUCGCACAAGUUCUUCGACAAACAAGGCCACCAACUCGGAGUUACAAAGUGCACUUCAGAGUCUGGAAGCUGUUGUUGACCACAUGGUGGAGUUCGUCGUGCUUUUGGCCGGAUGCGAGCGCGUCUCCCGGAGACCGUAUGAUGCCUAUCUUCAGGUCGACAACUUCAUGUUUGGUCGGCAUGUCGAGAAGCAGAAGAUCAUCAACUUCUUGCUGCAACAGGACAUACCUGGUCCUCCGGCGGUACUACCGAUCAUUGGUGGACGUGGAGUUGGGAAGAAAACCCUUGUGGCACAUGUAUGCAGGUAUGACAGGGUGCGUUCUCACUUCACAGUUAUUUUGCACCUGAGUGGAGACGGUCUUACCAAAAUAACAGACAAUGAAAUUCCGUCAGGGAAGAUACUGGUAGUUGUCGAGUUUGCUUCUGAUGUAGAUGACGAUGACUGGAAAACAUUUUAUUCAUCUGUUACGAGCAUGGACAGAGGAAGCAAAGUGAUAAUCUUAGGCCGAAAUGAAAGCUUGAAGAAACUUGGGACUGUCCAGACUAUAUCUCUAAACCCUCUAGCAUUCGAGGAGUACAGGUACCUGCUCAAGAUGCUCGCAUUCGGAAGCAUGAACCCGGGAGACCAUCCGCAGUUAGCAACGAUAAUGGAAGAAUUCGCUGUGGUGUUCGAAGGAUCACUCGUUUCAGCUAACUUGCUUGGAUAUGCAGUAAGAAAGAAUCUGAAUGCCCAUUUCUGGCUUAGCACAUUGAACAAGAUCAGAAUCACAAGGAAGGUGAACAUAUCCAGGUCUGGCUGCCAUCCAAAUGGCCUUUUCGAUCAAGGCCGUCCGGUGCACUUCGGCCCUCACCACCUCUUGUCUCCUGCUACUCCAUCAUGCCUUAUACCCUCUGCUGGCUGUCCGGAUAGUAGUCUACCCAAAGUCAUAUUAGGGGACUUGCUAGCAGAAGCAUGCCAUAUUGUUCAACCAAAGGGAGAUUUUAGGCUGAUCUCUUGGGAAUCAAGGUUACCACCAUACACUGCGUUUGUUCAUCUGGUUCGCUUUGUUCCAAGUUGUGUGGAUGAUAAGCCUGAAGCAUCCUUGUCAGGGAAGAAGCGUCUGGGGCCAUCUGCCUAGUCUCAUGCCACAUAUCUUCAAAUAGCAUUUUUAUAUCUUAUGAGAUAUUUAUAGAUCUGAGUAUAAUGUAACGAUAAACAUACCGAAUGAUCAUACUCAGCUUCUUUUUCUUUUUAGUUUGGACAAGAGUCACAUGAAAAGAUAUGUAUGUGCCAUCGGUUGGUUCAUAGGGAUGGGUUCUGAAUUGGCAGAGUAUGUAUAGCAUUGAUUAUCUUGAUUGGUAUAGCUGUAUAAGAACCUUUAACUAUCUAUGUAAGAACAUGUAAUGAGCUUUUAUUCAUCAUGGUAGGUGUGAUUACAGAAAAGAAAUAUAUUGUAUGCAUCACGUGACUUUUCGUAUAAAAAAACAUCACGUGACUGAGA